AUGGAAAACGACAUGUCUCUCCUACAACAACUGCUUACAUUGGGCGAUCAAAUCACUGAAAUGAAAAGGCUCAAGGAACAGAGUAUGAGAAAAAGUCAAAGUCACACGAGUCUAGGUGAUGACGAUGAUUCAGAGGAUCAGUUUGAGGACGAAUUUUCGGCAUCCAUGUCAGCUGUGACAACGCUGAAAGUCGGUGAAAGUGAACCACAGUACUUUUCACGGCAAAACAGCGUCCUAAGAAUUCCCAUCCCUCCACGAAGUAGCAAUCGAUUUGGGCACAGGAAAAUUCCACGACGUCCAUCGGAGAUGAUGAGAACGGUGCCGUCGUUUGCACAUUACACCGCUUCUGCUACAAUGCAUUCUGACGACGUGGUCGAAGCCGUCGUCGCUUCUGCCAAAGCGGUCGAAUGCUGCCCAAUCGAUCCAGCAUAUAUAACAAAGAAUCGCUCGUCGAAUUCGUCGAUCGAUUCCGGUAUCAGGGAAUCGAGUUCUUCAGAAUCUCCGUCGCCCACUUUUGGUAAAGCAGUCGUGUGA